AUGGAAGUACUGAGCCCCGGCGCUUUCACGCAGCUUUCGUUACCUCAGAAUCUUUAUCUGGGUGGAGUACCGAACUUCGGCAUUGUUUCGCCGCACAUCAACGCAAAAACUUCAUUCGUCGGUUGCAUACAACAGGUAGAGAUUAACGGGAAACCAGUCACGAUUCUGGCGGAGGCGCUAGGUGGAGCUAACGUUGAUAACUGUCCGCAUCCUUGCGUUGCUAGACCUUGUGGCGAGGAUGGCGAGUGUGUACCAGAAAUGGAAUACUUUUCUUGCAAGUGCAAGCCAGGUUACAGAGACCAUCUGUGUUCAAGAGGCCCGCCGUUUUUCCACGGCACUAACAGCUAUAUCCAUUUAAACGACAUAACAACGAUGGACGCUAUCUCUACAGAUCCGUUUGUAGUGAAUGUCCGAUUUAAGAUUUCCUCCAAGUCAGGAUUGCUUUUGUAUGCUUUAGGAACUGACAGUUUUCUUUCUCUUGGAUUGGAGAAUGGAGCUCUCGUAUUGCGGUUUAGUAUUAAGGAACGAGGAGAGGAGAUUAAGGUAGUUCAUAAUUCUACGACGGUCAACGAUAAGUUGUGGCACAGGGUAAAAGCCGUUAGAAGUGGAUCUGCCGGUCUGCUGAUAGUUGACAACGGACCAGCAAUCACGCGUCAAUCAGUAGAUCUAUCGAAAAGAAGAAUAUUCAACCCGAAAGAAGAAGGCCUAUACAUAGGAGGUAUGCCCCAGACCGCGCUCCAAACGCUCACGAAGUACACCACCAGCAUCAUCGGCUGCGUAGCCGACCUAGUCAUCAACACCGAUCUCCACCUACAACUGAUCACCCAUUCGGAAAUUGGCCACAACGUGAGCGAGUGCGAAGCAUGA